AUGUCCGUGCGCCGCGGCCAGCGGCCGGGGCGGCCCGGGACCCGCCUCUCCUGGCUGCUGUGUUGCAGCGCCCUGCUGUCCCCAGCCGCCGGGUACGUGAUCGUGAGCUCCGUGUCCUGGGCCGUCACCAACGAGGUGGACGAGGAGCUGGACAGCGCUUCCACCGAGGAGGCGCUGCCCGCGCUGCUGGAGGACUCGGGCAGCAUCUGGCAGCAGAGCUUCCCGGCCUCGGCUCACAAGGAGGACGCGCACCUGCGGCCCCGGGCAGGCGCCCCCCGCGCCAAGCAGCCGCCCGCGCCGCCCGGGAUGUUCUCCUACCGCCGCGAGAGCCGCCAGGCGGCCGGCGCGUCCCCCGGCCCGAGGCUGCGCGCCGGCACCGCCCGCUCCCUGGCCCACGCGAGCGCCUGGGGCUGUCUGGCCACCGUGUCCGCCCACGAGAAGAUCCAAGGACUGCCCUUUGGGAACUGCCUGCCCAUCAGUGACGGCCCCUUCAACAACAGCACUGGGAUUCCUUUCUUCUACAUGACAGCCAAGGACCCUGUGGUGGCCGAUCUGAUGAAGAACCCCAUGGCCUCGCUGAUGCUGCCGGAAUCAGAAGGAGAGUUCUGCAGAAAAAACAUCGUAGACCAGGAAGAUCCCCGAUGUGUCCGGUUAACGCUCACUGGCCGGAUGAUAGCAGUGUCUCCAGAAGAAGUGGAAUUUGCCAAGCAAGCUGUGUUUUCAAGGCACCCAGGGAUGAGAAAGUGGCCUCGUCAGUAUGAGUGGUUCUUUAUGAAGAUGAAGAUAGAACAUAUCUGGCUUCAGAAAUGGUACGGAGGCAUAUCUGACAUUUCAAGGGAGGAAUAUUUCAAAGCAGUUCCCAGGAAGGCCUGAUGGAGAAAGAAGAAAGUCCUUGGUGUUUGCAUUGAAAUGGAAACCUUUUAAGUGAUGCUUCCAGACAGCUAUUGACCGCUGUCUCUUUGCUGAAGGGUUCGUAGCAGCCCUGCCAUCCGUAUAGCA